UCUGCCCUAGGCGCGGAGCCGCCGCGGCUGCAGGAGCGAGGUCCGGGAGGGGCGGGUGCACCGAGCGCAGCCGCGGCCGCCAAGGGACCGGGGCGCACGGCCCGGGACAGCCCCGGCCUCCUCCUCGCGCUGCCUGCGGGGCUGAGAUGAGCGGUGGCGAGCAGCGGUGCGGGCUGUGCACGGGGCAGGCGGGCGGCGGAGGGCUGACUUCCCGCUAAGGCAGCCCCAGAGCCACGCCUGACGGAGGAGCCUCUUUAUUUUGAUUUUUUUUGUCGUUGUUGUUUUUGGUGGGUUUUUAUAUAUUUUCCCGGCAGCCGGCCAGGCUCGGUACGCGGAAGGCGCCGGGGGAGAGCCGCAGGCCGAGCCGAGCCGGGCCUGGGGGGGCUGGGCGGCCGGUGAGGUCGGCGAUGCGGUGUCUCGCUCUGCUUGGCCUCGUCGCCUGGGGCCUGGGGAGCUGGGCCAGACACAGCGGCGGAGCGUCACCCCCGCCGUGCCCGGCCCCUUGCAGCUGCGACGGCGACCGCGGCGUGGACUGCUCCGGGCGGGGGCUCGUGGCCGUGCCUCCGGGACUCAGCGCUUUCACGCACGCCCUAGAUAUCAGCAUGAAUAACAUCACGAGACUACCAGAAGAUGCCUUCAAGAACUUUCCCUACUUGGAAGAACUGCGACUGGCUGGCAAUGACCUUACUUUUAUCCAUCCAAAGGCCUUGUCCGGGUUGAAAGAACUCAAAGUUCUAACCCUGCAGAACAAUCAGCUGAAGACUGUACCGAAUGAGGCCAUCAGAGGAUUAAGCGGCUUGCAGUCCUUGCGUUUAGAUGCUAACCAUAUUACUGCCAUACCAGAGGACAGUUUUGAGGGUCUUGUGCAGCUGCGUCACCUUUGGUUGGAUGACAACAGUUUGACAGAAGUUCCCAUCCAUCCGCUCAGCAAUCUCCCCUCUCUGCAAGCCCUAACGCUGGCUCUCAACAAAAUAACACACAUUCCUGACUAUGCAUUUACAAAUCUUUCGAGUCUUGUUGUUCUACAUCUUCAUAAUAAUAAAAUAAAAACUAUAGGAAAACACUGUUUUGAUGGAUUAGACAACCUUGAAACCUUGGAUUUAAAUUACAAUAACAUGGUAGAGUUCCCUGAAGCCAUAAAAGCACUUCCAAAUCUAAAGGAAUUGGGAUUUCACAGUAACUACAUUUCCAUAAUUCCUGAUGGUGCAUUUGCAGGAAACCCCCUUCUAAAAACGAUACAUUUGUAUGAUAAUCCUUUGUCUUUUGUGGGGAACUCAGCAUUUCAGAAUCUGUCAGAUUUGCAUUCCCUGGUCAUUCGGGGGGCCAGCAUGGUGCAGUGGUUUCCUAAUUUGACAGGAACCAUAAAUCUGGAGAGCUUAACUCUUACAGGGACCAAGAUAAACAGUAUUCCUUUUAAUUUAUGCCAAGAGCAAAGGGUGCUUCGAACUUUGGACUUGUCUUAUAACAAUAUAAAGGACCUCCCAAGUUUUAAGGGCUGCCAUACCUUGGAAGAAAUUUCCUUACAGCAUAAUCAAAUCCAUGAAAUUGCGGAGGACACCUUUCAAGGACUAUCCUCCCUUCGUGUCCUGGACCUCAGUAGAAAUCAGAUCCAUCAGAUCCACAAGGGAGCUUUCAUCACUGUUGGAGCUCUUCUUAACCUAGACCUAAGUUUCAAUGAGCUUAGUUCAGUUCCAGUUGAAGGAUUGAGUGGACUGAACCAGCUUAAACUCACAGGAAAUUCUGAGUUGAAAGAAGCUUUGGCAGCAAAGAACUUCGCAAAACUCCGGUCACUCUCUGUACCAUAUGCUUAUCAGUGCUGUGCAUUUUGGGGUUGUGAUUUAUACCUAAACUCUAACACUGAAGAUUCCAGUCACCAAGAUCAAGGUGCCUUGAUGGAUCAUGAGAAGGCUAAUGCAGAUAUUCUAAGAAAUGAGAAAAAUGAGGAAUUGGGACAGACUAUUAUUCACUGUACACCAGCAACAGGUGCUUUUAAGCCUUGUGAAUAUUUAUUGGGCAGCUGGAUGAUUCGCCUUACUGUCUGGUUUAUUUUUUUGGUUGCUUUGUUCUUCAACCUGCUUGUCAUGUUAACAAUAUUUGCAUCCUGUACUACAUUGCCAUCUUCCAAACUGUUUAUAAGCCUGAUUUCUGUCUCUAACUUAUUUAUGGGAGUCUAUACUGGUAUUUUAACUUUCUUGGAUGCUGUAUCUUGGGGAAGAUUUGCUGAAUUUGGCAUAUGGUGGGAGACUGGCAGUGGUUGCAGAAUUGCUGGAUUUCUUGCAGUUUUUUCAUCAGAAAGUGCCAUUUUUUUUCUGAUGUUGGCAGCUGUUGAACGGAGCUUCUCUGCAAAGGAGUUUAUUAAAAAGGGGAAAAGCAAUCACCAAAAACAAUUUCAAAUUGCAGCAUUUUUUGCUUUCCUGUGUGCUCUGGUAGCGGGAUGCUUACCACUUUUUUAUAAAGCAGAGUACUCAGCAUCACCUCUUUGCUUGCCCUUCCCCACUGGAGAAACACCUUUGUUAGGUUUCACAGUAACUUUAGUGCUACUGAAUUCAUUAGCAUUUUUGCUAAUGGCUGUUAUCUACACUAAACUCUAUUGCAACUUGGAAAAAGAGGAUCUCUCCGAAAACUCACAGUCCAGCACGAUUAAGCAUGUUGCUUGGCUAAUUUUCACGAACUGCAUCUUUUUCUGUCCUGUUGCAUUUUUCUCAUUUGCACCGUUGAUCACUGCAAUUUCUAUCAGCCCUGAAAUCAUGAAGUCUGUUACUUUGAUAUUUUUCCCACUGCCUGCUUGCCUGAAUCCAGUCCUGUACGUAUUCUUCAACCCAAAGUUCAAGGAAGACUGGAAGUUGCUGAGGCGCCAUCUGACCAGGAAGAAUGGAGCAGUAGCAAUUGCUGUCAGUGCUCAAGGGGGCUGCGUGACACAGGACUUAUACUACGACUGUGGCAUUUACACCCACUUGCAGGGUAACAUUGCUCUGUGUGAAUGUUGCGAAUCACUCCUUUUAUCCAAGCCCAUGCCCUGUAAACAUUUAAUAAAAUCCCACAGCUGUCCUACGCUGGCGGUGGUGCCUUGCCAAAGGCCAGAUGGCUACUGGUCAGACUGUGGCACCCAGUCAGCCCACUCUGACUAUGCAGAUGAGGACGACUCCUUUGUAUCAGACAGCUCGGACCAAGUGCAGGCCUGUGGCCGUGCGUGUUUCUACCAAAGCAGAGGGUUCCCUUUGGUUCGUUAUGCCUACAACAUACCAAGAAUUAAAGACUGAAAAGGCUUUCCACCAUCAGCUGUUCCAAUAAAGAGGUGUAAUGUUUCACAGACUGUUGCCUGUUUUGACCUUUCAAGCAGGAAGCACUUUCGUAAUCAUUAUUUAGUGUCAUUUGUAAAGAAGGGAAGUGGGCAGUAAUUUUGUGAGCCAUACAUUUUAAAAAACUUAAAUACAUUAAUUGCCCUGACUGUAAAUAAUUGGUAAACCAAAACUGUUACCCAAUAUUUUUACUCUUUUCAUACAGUAGUGGUUUCCUUUAUACAGUUUUCACAUGCUAAUGGUGUGUUUCCACAUCAUAUUGCAGUUGUACUUUGCUUCUUCUGGUGGUAAGUUCUGUUGAUUUUUUUUUUUCCUCCUGCAAUAGCAUAAUAUAAAGGACAGCUGUUUAAUAUUACAGAAAUUAUUUUUAAGUGUGACUUUUCUAUAAUUAAGCAAAAAAAUCUAUUGCUAGCUUUGUAUAGUACAUUCAGCAUUGAAUCUCAGGAUACAUUUUAUUGCAGGGCCAAAAAAGGGAUUAAUUCUCUCAUACGUAACUGUGACAGCAAUAUCAGAAUACUGUGUUUGUAUUUUACCUAAUGUUCAAUUUUAAAAAAAAGUUUGUUGCAGUAAAGGACUUGUAAUCUGCAAUAUUCUGUAGAUUUAUUGGAAUAAGAAUAUUAACGGCUGUCAGGAAUAGUAGGGUUAAACACAUUUUUCCAGUGAUGAUGCAUUACUUCAGGUGAACCACAGCAAGUUUCUUCAGUAUUAUGCAGUCGAGUCAUACCAUUGGAAGGAAUGUUGAUGUAUCAGGGUGUUGGCAGAGCUGUCACUGUACACAGCUCAUGUCUUUGCAAUAUGACUGGCUAAUACUCUGCAGCCUGUUGAAUGUUACAGCACUCCAGUAAUACCUAUGGAUAGACUGAGAUUUUAGGAAGUGGAGGGAAAAUGCAAGGCAAUUUGGCAGUAAAAAAAAAAAGGCAUUUUUCCAAUUACUUUACUGGCAAUGAAGUACACCGUCCAAAGUCACUGGUUUUCUCAUAAAUCAGUGCAAUCUUUUAAAAGCAUUAAAGUUCCGAGACCCAAAUGAUUUAAAUACAAUCAGUGAUCAAUUUUUUUUAGUUUGAAAUAUGAUCAAUACGAAGUUAGUAAUGCAUGAUUAAAUACAUACGUAAGGUUUUUGGACAAUACACUAGAUCAAGAGUAAAUCCACUGCCAUCCCAGUUACCCUAGAGAAAUUCUUGUUAAGAUCUAAAGCUAGAUUGCUGUUUUGAAAAUUAAACUGUAUAUACUGUUCAUACAAUGAAUUUUUAUCUUUGUAUUGUAAGUUAUUUGAUAGAACCCGUGAUGGGAAAUGUGGCUUCAGUUCAUUUUGUUAAUUAAAGCUACCUCCUAAAUAAUAGUGGCUGCCAGUAGCAGAAUGUUUAAAAUAUGGUUUAUGUACCUUUUUCAUUGUAAAUAGAUGUGGUUGUAUAUUGUCACUAUAAUAAAAACAGGAUCUUUGUAUAUCAAAAUCAUGUAGUUUGUACAAAGUAUGGGAGGAAUAUUUACUGUAUGCUGUUAAUUUUGUAAGCCAAAAUACUCAAGUGUAAAAAGGGAAGAAAAUCAUCCAAGAGUUGUUAAUUCUUAUAUUUACACUCAUGAAUAUUACAUCUGCAAUUAGCAUGGAAUGUUACACUGAAAGCAAAUAAAGAGUACAUGAAUACCUA